AUGUUCCGAACAGAUCUGCGUGCGCCUGCCCAUGCGCGCCCAGCUCUUGUCCAGUUUAUCCUGCGUGUCCACCCGUGCAGAGGUGUUCCGAACAGGAGCGUCAAUGUUCCGGAAAACGGAGUCUACAUCGUAGAUUCCGGUCUGGAAACGCACAAGCAUAAGAUAUGGGCAAGGGAAAAACGCAAUGUCCUGAAUGAGGUCGUGAAAGUCGAUGCAAAAUGUAACAGCGAAGAACUAAGGUCCAUUAUCAUUGAGAGUAUUGAUCGCGUCACGUCAAUGUCAAAGCGACGCAUCCAAAUAGAAGCUGAGAAACGUCUUGGAGGAAGGUACAAUGUGAUCUGCGCUCGUGGCGACUUCUCCUACAUUACAAAUACGGAGGAAUUCUGUCAACAAACAGUUGGAGACGUGACUUGCUAUGCGUUCAAGCAACUAUCAGAAGUUAUGCGUGCAAGACUGGCAUGA